AUGGAAAAGGGAGUGAAACUUUUUAAGACAUGGUCAAGUCCAUUUGGUAUCCGAAUUGUUUGGGCAUUGAAGGUCAAGGGCGUCCAGUUUGAACAAAUAGACGAAGAUCUCGCCAACAAGAGCCCUCUACUUCUCCUAUACAAUCCAGUUCACAAAAAGAUUCCAGUCCUGGUACACGACGGAAAACCAGUUGUUGAAUCACUUGUAAUCCUUGAAUAUAUUGAAGAGACAUGGAAGCAAAAUCCCUUGUUUCCAGAGGAUCCACUGGAGAGGGCUGCCGCUCGCUUCUGGGCAAAAUUUGGUGAUGACAAGGUUAUGCCAUCAAUAUGGGAAGCAUUUAUCAAGGGCAGAGAAGAGGAAGAGUGUGCUUUUGCACCAGCUUUUGAGAACCUGAAAUUCUUGGAGGAAGAACUCAAGGGAAAACAAUUCUUCGGCGGAGAGAGGAUCGGAAUUGUGGAUAUUGCAUUCGGUUGGCUUGCUAACUUGGUCCCUGUAUUCGAAGAGAUACAUGCAAUAAAAGUGAUAGACGAGGAAAGAUUUCCAUCACUGUAUGCGUGGAUGCAGGAGUUUUCCAGGGCUCCAUUAAUUGCAGAUUGCUGGCCGCCACAUGAAAAACUAGUCAACAAAUUCCGUGCCAUUCGUGAUCAGUCCCUCCUUGCAGCAGCACCUCAUGCCUGAGCAAUCAAGUUGUUGCAUGUCAGCAA